UGCACUACAUGUUGUAUAUGGAAAGGCGUAUUGACGUCUCCAUGACAACCUUCACAGAGCAUAGCACCAAAAUCACAGUAUGAUCCAGUGUGUGUGUGUGCAGGCAUUCACACUUCUUUGCUGAGUGUGGAACUCCAUGAUGGUUCAGGUGGGCAGUGGAAUAUGUCCUUGCCCAGCAUCACAUCUGGAUGAUGUUAGCUUGGUUGGUUCUCUGGUGGACCUGCGCCAUGGGGACACGGUCGUAAUGCUGCACACCCUUAAUGGUAAAAAGGAGCCCCGGCUGGACCCGCCGCUUGCUAUGGCAGGAGACUCCAUGAUGUCUUCAUUGUGCUCUCCAGAAGCUUCUCAUGACACUAGCUACACACAGCUACUCCUUAUUGUCUGUUCACUUCAUGGAACUUCUCAAUGAGGACUCUUAUAAGAGCUGGUAUAUGUGGUUGAUCUGGAAGGCAUAAAUCCUGCCUCAUGCAGGAGAAUCCUGAUGAAGAUCAUGUACAUUGGUAGCUAACAAGAACAAGUCCUAUUGACAGCAAUAGGAGUGGCAUACAUUAUGGAGGGGGACCUGAGAUUCAUAUCCCUUUUAUUAAAUAGAUACUAACUAUGCUGUCCAUGCUAGCCGGAUUACACGGCGCUACCUGUGUCCAGCACACAGUGCUGCCAUGGCAACAGGAUGCAGGAUGAAGGAAUUCAACAUGAGUGAAGGCUCCUCAUCCUCCUCCUCUUGUGUUAACAUGCCACCACCGUAGUGUGUGCGUUGUGAUAACAAUACCAUCAACAUCAAUAACAAGGAGGCGGAGGAAGCGGAGUGUACUAUAGAUUUUUUCCCUCUCUCCUUCCUGUCGUCAUCUUCCUCAUUAUUGGUGAUUUCUUUCUUAUAUUCAUCACUGACACCUGAGGGGGGGGUGUUAUUGUUGUCAUGGAAACACUUUAUGAACUUGUGAGUGUUGGAGGACUUAUUUGGAUUGGUCCAUCAUGUCAAUACAUGAACACACAGGAAGUGGAGGACAAUGGCUUCCUGUUAGCUUUGCUUAUCUCCAGAGGCCACGCCUCCGUUAUUUCACAAACCCACCAACAGAUAAAUGACAUCCAAUCAGCAUUAUACUUUAAAUGAUCACGUGAUGUAUAUAAAUGUAUUAAAUAUAUAUAUGGCUGAUGACGUCAUGGUAGUUGAAACUAAGGAGGAGGUGACAGGUGGUUGCUGCAGAGAUCCUCAUUCACGAGCGAACGCCCCCCCACCCCACACCUCACCCCCCGCCCCCUCGCCGUUGGCGCUUUUAGAGAGAAUCUCCCGCCGUUCCCCUCGCCGUUUUUUCUUCUUUUAGAGAUCAACAUCGCCAGCCUGCACGUCUUGGUGGGUGCGCGCGUGCACGGCUCCUUUCCUCUCGCUCACACGCACGCUCACAAGCGCGGACCCGCAACGUGGGCUAGCGUGCGGCCGCCGCAUCAACACCGCCACUGAGCGCAGAGCCCGUGAGCUUUUGGCGGGUCCCCCCUCCCACUCCGCCCCCCUCCCCAACAUUUUAUUUUCUUUUUGCUUUCGCUGGCAAGUUGGAAGGAUGAAGUGGCGCCAGUUAUCCUGAGUGAGUACCGUUUGGACUGGGUACCCGGACGGGGGUGUUGGGGUCCAGUCAUGGGUACCCCGGAACCAUCGCCCCUCAGCCUCGUGUGGCUCGUGCACACGUGCGUGCAGCUGGCACACAGCCAGGAUCUUUUGGCGCCACAUUCCAUCCGAGUGGAGGGUGACGUCACGCUCGGGGGGCUGUUCCCCGUACACGCCAAGGGGGUCCCCGGCGGACCCCCUUGUGGGGACCUGAAAAAGGAAACCGGCAUCCAGCGCCUGGAGGCUAUGAUGUACGCGCUGGACGUCAUCAACGCAGACGAGCACCUGCUCCCCAAUAUCACGCUGGGCGCGCGCGUGCUCGAUACGUGCUCGCGGGACACUCACGCGCUCGAGCAGUCGCUGACGUUCGUGCAAGCGCUCGUGCAGAAGGACACGUCGGACGUGCGAUGCACAGACGGAGACGCGCCAGUCUUCGUGGAGGACGAGAAGGUGGUAGGCGUGGUCGGAGCGUCUGCCAGCUCCGUGUCCAUCAUGGUGGCCAACAUCCUGCGCCUCUUCCAGAUUCCACAGAUCAGUUACGCGUCGACGGCGCCCGAGCUGAGUGACGAGCGGCGCUACGACUUCUUCUCUCGUGUGGUUCCUCCAGAUGGCUUCCAGGCUCAGGCCAUGCUGGACCUUGUCAAGGUGCUGGGAUGGACGUACGUGUCCACCGUGGCAUCGGAGGGCAGUUACGGCGAGAAGGGCGUGGACGCCUUCCUGCAGCUUUCUCGAGACCAGGGUGGAACGUGUGUGGCUCAGUCUGUGAAGAUCCCACACCAUUCUGACUCCUCCCACUUUGACAAGGUCAUCCGCCUUCUGCUGGACACGCCCGCCGCCCGAGCGGUCAUACUCUUCGCCUCUGACGACGACAUCAGAGGUGUUCUGAGCGCCAGCAAGCGAGCGCAGCAGGUGGGUCACUUUCUGUGGAUUGGUUCUGACAGCUGGGGGGCCAACAACGCUCCCGUCCAUCAGCUGGAGGAUGCCGCCGCCGGCGCCAUCACCGUACUGCCCAAAAGGGCCACCAUCAGCGGCUUUGAUGCGUACUUCACGUCACGCACACUGGAGAACAACCGCAGGAAUGUUUGGUUUGCUGAGUUCUGGGAGGAGAACUUCCGCUGUCAGCUGACCAGCACUGCUACCCCACGCCACGCCUCCAGGAAGUGCACCGGUCAGGAACGGAUUGGCAUGGACUCCAAGUACGAGCAGGAGGCUAAAGUGCAGUUUGUGAUGGACGCAGUGUACGCCAUGGCCUACGCGUUGCACAACAUGCAUGCUGACCUUUGCCCCCCAGACUCCGCCCUCUGUCCUGACAUGGAGAUGGCCAGUGGCAAGAAACUACUCAAGUACAUCCGCACUGUCAGCUUCAACGGAAGUGCAGGUACUUCCGUGAUGUUCAAUCGGAACGGCGACGCCCCCGGCCAUUAUGAUGUCUUCCAGUACCAGUGGAACAACGCCAGCGGGCCAGGAUACCGCGUCGUCGGACAAUGGAUGGAAACUCUGCAGCUCAAUGUGGAGGAUAUGCAGUGGGGCCACGGCGAGCGCGGCGUUCCCUCAUCGGUGUGCAGCCUUCCCUGCCGGGUGGGCGAGAGGAAGAAGCUGGCAAGGGGCGUGGCCUGCUGCUGGCACUGCGAGCGCUGCGACGGGUACCAGUAUCAACAGGACGAGUUCACGUGCAAGCUGUGUGCCUUCAACAUGCGGCCUGACGCCAACCGCACUUCCUGUCAGCCCAUCCCCGUCAUCCACCUGGAAUGGCACUCGCCGUGGGCGCUCAUCCCUGUUCUCCUCGCCACGCUGGGUAUUGCUACCACGCUGGCCGCCAUGGCUGCCUUUGUGCGCUUCAACCACACGGCCGUGGUGCGCGCGUCUGGCCGAGAGAUGAGCUACGUGCUCCUCGCAGGGAUCUUCCUGUCGUACAUCGUCACCUUCCCGAUGGUCGCCAAGCCGGACACAGGCGUGUGCGCACUCAGGCGGAUCUUUUUGGGAUUGGGAAUGUGCAUCAGUUAUUCCGCCAUGUUUGCCAAAACACACCACAUCUAUGCCAUCUCUGAGCGCAGCAAGAGGUCGGCGGCGGCCGCCCGCUUUGUCAGCCCCACCUCGCAGCUCACCGUGGUCUGUGGCCUCGUUGCCGUCCAGCUGCUCGCCACGCUGCUGUGGAUUGCCGUGACCCCGCCCCACACCGUCGUCGACUACGAGCAGCGCAAGAGCGUGGAAGCACGUUUAGCACGCGGUAUGUUGACGUGCGACAUGGGCGACCUGCAGACCAUCUGCACGCUGGGCUACAGCCUCCUCCUCAUGGUCACGUGCACCGCCUACACCAUCAAGACGCGCCACUUGCACGAUGGCGUCCAUGAGGCCAAAGCCAUCAGCUUUACCGUCUAUACCACCUGCAUCGUCUGGCUCGCCUUCAUUCCCAUCUUCUUCGGAACGCCGCGCUCUGCCCACAAGCUUUACAUCCAGACCACCGCUCUGACCAUCUCCAUGAGCCUGAGCGCCUCGGUGCCGUUGGGAAUGCUCUUCCUUCCCAAGGUGUACGUCAUCAUCUUCCACCCUGAACUCAACGUGACGCAGAAGAGGCGGUCUUUCAAGGCGGUGGUGACGGCAGCUGCUGCAUCGUCCCGACUGGCUCACAAGGUCAGCGAGCGACCCAAUGGCGAGGCCAAGACCCAACUCUGUCACAACAUGGACGCCAGCACAGGUGACCUUUGACCUUAUUCCAUCUUCCAUCCGUCAGUGGAUUUUGUUGUGUCUCCUCCUGAGAAGAAACAAAAAAAACCCCAAGUUCUCACUCUGAUGACCUGAAAGUUUGUCAACUUCCUGUCGGCUCGUGGUGGACGAAACCAACGUUUAUCUGCCAGGGCAAACAUCUUUGCUGUCUGCUCUGUCUGCGUGUCAGCAGCGGGGGGCGUAUGUCUUCUCCACAAGAAUGCUUCCUUUUUGACUUUUCACACCAAUCGAAUGAAUGUAGACAACACGUGACCAAAUAUGGUUGACGCGCUGUGGUGGGCGGGGUUUAUUUCAUUAUGUUAGCUUGCUCAAGCGAAAGAGAAAGAUGUCAUGUAAGGGCUAUUAAUGUUUUUAUGUUAUUUAUGUACAAUACGGAAUAUUGGUGUAGUUUCCCGUGUUGACCACAGGUGUCACUCAAUACUUUCUGCAUGUCCUUUAUCUACUUUAUUUCGAUUUGUGUCUAAAAUGAAAUAUUUUGGUCAGUACUCUUUCAAGUAAGUAUACUGUGUACACUGUUCUUUAUUUGGGGGAAAUAAUUUUAAUGGAUAAAAACAGAUGAGCUUUUGCGAGAUCUUGCCGAAUUUAAUUUCGACUCCAAAUUUGGUCACGGACUUCCGCCGUACGUCGUAAACAGGAAGUCGUGUUCUACGUUGUUUAUUUUCAAAACAACCAUCACGCCUCAAUGAAACUUUGUUCCUGAAGUUAGAAUAUCACUUUAUACCUUUAUAGUUGUGCAGUAAAGGGUGUGUAAAUGCUGAAAAUUGAAAUUAAAUGACGUAUUUCCAACCAAUUUUCGCUAUGCGGAGGCCAAAGUGUGUCGUGUUGCUUCACUUAGUUUAGAUGAUUUUGCGGGAUUUUGCACAAAUAAAUUAUCAUAUUUCCCCCAUAUGUGCGGCACACUUACCAAAAAUGAUGACUGCAAUAUUUACUCACUUCUUUUAUCAUUUUUAAUUAUAAAUUGCAACUACGUGAUUUAGUCUCCACUCUUCCGCUACGUAACCAAGAUGGCUAUUAUUGACGGUGGCAACUGAGCAGUUUGAGUGUACGAGUACACGUGGGUACUACUACUACACGUGACACUUCUGUAUUUUGAUGUACUUCUCUGUGUCCGUAAGUCAAUCACGCAUGUGAUCUCUACAGGUCAUGUGACCUGUCACUGCAUGUUUCUUUUCUAUGUUGUAUUGUUUCUGUGUGCGUGUGUGCAUGUGUUUGUAUUGCUUGCACAAUGUUGUGGUGGGACCAUGACCGUUGACCCCUUUCUUGUGAUUUGUCAGAGGAUGUAUCAAAUAUAUUUAUAACUUUUCAUAACUCAUGUGUGUGUCUCUCUUUCUUUAUACCAAGGGGUCUCAAACACGCGGCCCGUGGGCCAAAUGUGGCCCGCAGGACACUAGUUUGAAGCACCCGCCUUGAUAUGAAAGUUUAAUGUUAGUGCGGCCCGCGCAAGUUUGAUAUGGAUGCUGUAUGGUAUCAUGUACCCAGAAAAAAUUAUUACGUUUGAUUAAUGUUCAUGUUAAAGGUUAAAUAACUGUUAAUAGUUAUCCUCCCUAUCCGUGUGGAA